AUGCCGGCGGACCCGGCAAAGCUGCAGUUCGGCAUUCAGAAUAUUGCUGACGCCGACGGAUACGUCAUUGCCGCUGCGGGGAUGACCAUUGUCUUCGUGGCGCUGAUCCUGAUCAGCAUCUUCAUUUCGGUUCUGCCCCGUCUGCUGGAAGCCGUGUCUACGAUUCUGCCCGAGCCAGCCCAACAUCACGCCGUUGGCGGUGCUCCGGCUCGUGAUGACGCCAUCGUGGCGGCGAUCGCUUGGGCUCUGCAUCAGCAACACGCCGAGUCGAGCAACUUCGUGAUGCUUUUGGUGGGCAUCCUGUUCAUCGGCCUGGCCAUACGCAAACACUAUGAGCCACUGCUGCUCGUGCCCAUCGGGUUCGGAAUCGUCGUCGGAAACAUUCCUCCCAUCGAAGGGAUGACACUCAGCGUCUACGACGAAGGAAGCGUGCUCUCCUAUAUCUACUUUGGAGUGAGCCAGGGUAUCUUUCCGCCGUUGAUCUUUCUGGGCAUCGGCGCGAUGACCGACUUUUCCACCAUGCUCUCCAACCCCAGGCUCGUGUUGCUGGGGGCUGCCGCCCAGGUUGGCGUAUUUCUUACAUUCUUAGGGUCUUUGUACCUCGGCUUCACACCCUCCGAAUCAGGUGCCAUCGGCAUCAUUGGCGGUGCCGACGGUCCAACGGCCAUUUUCCUCUCCGCCAAGCUCGCUCCUCACUUGUUGGGGGCGAUCGCAAUUGCGGCUUAUUCCUAUAUGGCCCUGGUGCCCGUGAUUCAGCCGCCGAUUAUGAAGCUGCUCACCUCGCGGGAGGAACGCCUCAUCAAGAUGAAACCGCCCCGCAUUGUGUCGCAACGGGAGAAGAUGAUCUUCCCCAUCGCCGCGUUUCUGAUCUGCUCGUUGAUCGCCCCCGGCGCCAUCGUGCUGAUCGGCAUGCUCUUCUUCGGCAACCUGCUGAAGGAAAGCCUGGUCACCGAUCGGCUUGCCAACACGGCACGUACGGCAAUGAUCGAUAUCGUUACGAUCCUGCUGGGCUUCUCCGUGGGGGCCAGCACGCAGGCGCAAACCUUCUUGCAGAAGCAGUCGUUGUUAAUCUUCGGCCUUGGAGCUCUGUCGUUCGCCAUUGCUACGGCCGGCGGCGUGCUUUUCGCCAAGUUCAUGAACUUAUUUCUCACGGAGAAGAUCAACCCGCUGGUCGGGGCAGCCGGCGUUUCUGCCGUGCCCGACUCGGCUCGUGUCGUACAAAUGGUCGGUCAGGAAGAAGACCCGCAUAACCACCUGCUGAUGCACGCUAUGGCCCCGAACGUGGCCGGCGUGAUCGGUUCGGCAGUUGCCGCGGGUAUCUUGUGGUCGGUAUUGGUCAAGUAA